AAUUGCUAAAUCAAAAAAUCCAAAAUUUUCAUUUACACAAACAAUGAAAAAAAGAUCUUUUUGUGAUAAAGUGCGUGAUGACAACAGCGAUUGACAAUUGCUAUUAUACAAGGAAACGGAUCGGUUGCUGUUUCGUUUAUUAUUAUUUUUUAAUUUAAUUACUGCAUAGAUUAAUAAUUUAUUUUACAUACAAAGAAAACCACACAAAUAUCGCUAUCAUUGUAUGGAAAUUCCUUCGGCCAAAUUGUCAUGUAACAAUUGAAAAACAGUGCUUUAAUCGGGAUUAUUAUUUAAUUUAUAUUUAAGAUUAUGGAUAAGGACAAAGUUAUAAGUAAGCAACAAAGUUCCGUAAAUAAAAAACAUAAAGCAAAUGGCGCAAAUGAAACAUGUGAUAAAACAACAUGUCUAUUAAGUUCAAAGACUAAAAGCGAAGGUAUUGAAUAUGAUUUGGUGCCUCCUGAUGGUGGUUGGGGUUGGCUCGUAUUGGCUGGUUCGAUGAUGGUCAAUAUUUUAAUACCAGGUACUAUAAAAAGUUUCGGCGUCCUUUUUGUAGAGUUUUUGGAAGCAUUUCAGGCGUCGCCAUCAGCAGCUGCAUGGAUUCCAGCUUUAUGUUAUUUUUUGUACAGUUCUUUAGGACCGGUUUCGAGCAUUCUUUCAGUCAAAUAUUCAUUCAGAACAGUAACGAUAUUAGGUGGUGCAUCUGCUGCACUUGGGAUGAUAAUAUCAUUCUGGGCAUCAUCUGUGGCUUUUUUAUACUUAAGUUAUGGCGUUUUGGUUGGCAUUGGGGCUGGUUUGUCAUUUCCUCCAACAGUGUACAUUGUAACAUCGUAUUUUGUUAAACUUCGUGGCCUUGCUAACGGACUUUGUAUAUCUGGCAGCGCAUUGGGUUCUAUUAUUUUACCACCAGUUUUAAGAUGGCUUUUGGAAACAUACGGCUACAGAGGAUCAGUUCUCAUAAUGGGUGGAAUUACUUUGAAUGUUUUUGUGGCGGCCAUCUUUUACGAACCAGUCGAACAACAUAUGGUGCGUGUUCCUAGAGUUAAAAAAAUGUUGGAUGACAUCGAAGAGGAGGAUAUAGGAAUUGUACUUAAAUUUGAGACGGUUGAUGAGACGGCAGGAGGAGGAGAAAUAAUGCACAACGAUAGCACAGCCAAUAAACAUAUAAUACCAUAUAAUUCACCGCCAAUGCAAUCACCAGAUUUACACAAUUACAAUUUAGUUGGGGACGAUCCGCAAUUUGUAAGAAGUGCCUCAGCAACGGUUGUACAAAACUUUGGAAAGGCUCAAGAGGACUUUAAUAGUUCAUCAUCGUCUCGUAUACGAAAAAUCAGCACACCUGUACGACUGCCACAAAGAAAUCAAACAUUCACACCGGGCCAAUUAAAUUCACAAUCAUCAUUAUAUGCUGUACCAGAAGGUGGACGUUCUAAUCAUAAACUGGAACGUCUUCAUGCUUUGAGAAAUAAUUCAAAAAAUCGCCUCUCCCGUCGAUCACCCUCGACCAGUAGUUUCCAGUAUAUAAGUACGCCUUAUCACGGCAGUACUCUGUCUUUCCAACCGAAAGAAUUUUCUUCACAUCUUUCUUUGAGGUCUGUAGCCAGUGGCUCUGGUGUGAAUGCGAAUGCUAGUAAUGGAAUGCUGGAUAGUACAGGAAAUGUUGACCAAGAAUCUGACACCGGCAAACGCUCAAAGUUCUUCGACCUGAGCCUCUUGAGAGAUCCCACAUACUUGGUUAUAAUGAUAUCGAAUUCCACAAAUGCCAUCGGUUAUACGAAUUUUAUAAUUCUUCUCCCUGCUUAUGGAAUAGCAUUGGGUUUUGACAAAUCUUUAGCUGCCUAUCUUAUUUCAAUUGUCUCGGCAACUGAUCUCAUUGGACGCAUUGGCGGUUCAGCGUUAUCAGAUUUGGGUUUUAUACCCAAGACUUGGUAUUUUAUAGGUGGCUUAGCAGUUUCUGGCAUAAGUUUAGCUCUGCUACCAUUCUCAACAACAUACAAAAUGGUUAGUUUUUGGUGUGCGGUAUUUGGAUUGGCGUCAGGGGUUUACGUUGGUAUUACGGCAGUAAUAAUGGCCGACAUGCUUGGAACGGAGCGAUUAACGUCAUCUUAUGGAAUAAGUUUAUUCGUAAAUGGCAUUUUGCAACUUAUUGGCCCACCUUUGUGUGGUGUUUGGUUCGAAGCAGUUAAUACUUACAAUCCUCUCUUUCAUACACUCGGUCUUAUACUUCUUGCUGGUGCAAGUCUUUGGAGCUUUAUGCCAUUUAUUAAUAGACGCAAAUCGAAAAAUGAAAACUACGAAGAAGAUUUGCAAUGAAUUACAAUACUAUUUAGCUAUACAUAUGUAUAAAUAGUCUAUAAAACUACAAGAACAGGGCAUAAUAUUUAUUAUUAUAUUUUUAUAUUGUUUUCUCUUACUCUAUCUCUCUUUUCCUUUAUUAUGAUGAUAUAAUCGUUGUAAGAAAAUCUUAUGUACAUACUGCAUACAUACUGUCUUUACACAUUUUGUUAGUUUGUUUUUUCUACCACUAAUGUACUUUAAAAUACACAAUUAAACAUUUUAAGAAUUCUAAGCAUGUAAAUUUUGUAUAUUUAUUACACGUGGAAUUUAAUGUACUUUUAAUGUACUAAUAAUGUACUUAUUGUAAUAAAGCAGUUACAAAAAGCAUAAAUAUUAAUGAAACCAAUUAAAUUUACUUACAUAAAACCAAAAACGUCAUGUCUGUUUCUGCUUCUUUCAUAUAAGCAAUUUUUACUUAAUUUUUUCUUUCGAGGUAACAAAAAACCUACUUCCAAUAAAUUAAUUUUCAAUAGUAUUAUAUCAUCAAAUUGUUUUUUUUUUAGUACUAUAUUUAGUAUAUAUAGUAAUUGUCUCCAUGUAAAUUAAAUUUAGCCUAAGUUCAAAUAGUUAAUAAAUAUUUUGUAUACAUACUAAUGACAAAAA